GUGCGAUUAUAUCUUGAUUCGAGGCUUUAUAUAUUACAUAAUGUUUUUUAUAAAGAUUAGUCAAAUUUCAACAAUCACCAUGCCGACUUUAGCACUUUAUUUUGGGUAUUAUUGCAGUAGAAUAUCAUCAGAAACUGUUGUUUCGCCGCAAGGAGUUCCAAUUAAAAGUGUUUUCUGUUCAAAUAUUUAUAAAGAAGACAUGACGAUAAAUAAAUUUCUCAAAAAAUUAUUUGACGAUUCCUUGGUGCCAUUUAAUCGAAUUCAACUAAACAAUGAAGAAUUUGUUCUCCUUCGCGCUAUAAUUUUUUCUCAGUUUGCCCUAGGUGAUUUAAGUCGACAUGGGCAACAAUUAUUACUGAAUGAGGCAGAAAGAUAUUCUGAUAUAUUGAUGAAAAUAUUACAGAAUCACUAUGGACCAUUGGCUGGAGCUAAAAGAUAUGCAGAACUGCUUCAUUUAAUUGAAUUUUGCUUCAAUUGUGGAAACGAUCAUUGCCUUUUUCUUAAUUAUACUGCUUAUGUAACAGAUCGGGGUUAUUUCCAUAAAUCGAUGCCUGAAGCACUUCUUAAUCUCUGUCUUGGUUGCAGAACUUGA